AUGUGUCAUGACCAUUUUUACAUCGAGCUCGGUCCGCUGAUAAAUUUUGUUGUUGGAAAAAAUGGUUCUGGCAAGAGUGCAGUCCUCACGGCUAUCACUCUAUGUUUGGGUGGCAAAGCUUCGGCCACAAACCGUGGGCAAAGUCUGAAGAGUUUCAUCAAGGAAGGCAAAGAGAGCGCAACCAUUGUAGUGCGGAUCAAGAAUCAGGGUGAUGGCGCUUACAUGCCAGAUGAUUAUGGAAAAUCAAUCAUUAUCGAGCGCCACUUCUCCAAGAUGGGCACCAGUGGGUUCAAGAUCAAGUCUGAUAGUGGGCGUAUCGUCUCUACUAAAAAAGCGGAGCUUGAUUCUAUUAUUGACUACUUUACCCUGCAGUUUGACAACCCGAUGAACGUUCUUUCGCAGGAUAUGGCUCGUCAAUUCCUUAGCUCGUCUAGCCCCAGUGAUAAGUACAAAUUUUUCGUGAAGGGUGUUCAAUUGGAACAACUUGACCAGGACUACCGUCUAAUUGAAGAGUCUGGAGAUCAGAUCGAGGCGAAGCUAAAAAGCAGAGUGCAAGAUAUCACAAUUCUGAAAAGUCGUCAGGAUGCAGCAAAGCGGAAAUUAGAUUUAUCUGACCAGCAUGAAUCUCUGCGUAAUCGCAUUCGAAAUCUUCGCAAUCAAAUGGCUUGGGCUCAAGUGGAGGAACAAGAGCGGAUCCAGGAUUCUUUGAAAACAGAGAUGACGACAGCCGAUGAGGAUAUAGCUGCUGCUGAAGCGGAUCUCGGGAGCUAUGAACGUCGCAUACAGGAAGCAGAGAGAGAAACCGAACUUGCGGCCGAAUUUGUCCAGCAGGCUACCUCCAAGCUUGAGACUUGUCAAUCAAGUAGGGAUGAGAUCAAACAUAAAAUGGACGCUCAAUUAAGUGAACGUCAUGGUCUACAGGCCCAGCAACGCCAGAUCAGAGAGUAUUUAAGGGCUGCGGAGACUAGAAUAGCUGAAAGUCGGAAGAAGCUUGCGGAUGAGCACCAGCGCUUGAGUGAUAUAAGUGGGGGAAGCUUUAUCAGAAAACAAGAGGAACUCGAGCAGGCAAAAGCCGGCGCGGAAGAUGCCCGUGCUCGAUUCAAGGAGCAUGAAGCCGAGAGAAACCGCUUGUAUGAGAUGAUAGGUGAAGCUGAAAAGGAAGUGAAAUUAGCCGCUGCCCCUGUCAAUAAGGUUAAAGCCGACAUUGAGCAAGCACAGUCGGUUCUACAAAACUUGAGCAGAGAGGGCGGGGCGAGAAAUUCUGGCUUCCACGAAAGAAUGCCAGCGCUUACCAAGGCCAUUGAACAAGAAGGGUCCUUCCGCAGACGCCCCGUGGGCCCAAUUGGGCACUAUGUCAGUUUGCUGAAGCCAAAAUGGUCCUCUAUUCUGGAGAAUUCGCUCGGUACGACUCUGAGCAGCUUUGUUGUGACCUCGAAAAGCGACAUGAACAUCUUGUCGAAUAUCAUGCAGAGAGUCAAUUGCGAUGGUCAUCUUGAUACGUCAAACCACGAACCAGAUCCCACCUAUGACACAGCCCUGCGGAUUGACAAUGAAUUAGUCCGUCGACAGCUAAUCAUAAAUCACGGAAUCGAACAGAUGCUGCUGAUAGAGGACCUAGAAGAGGCGUCGUCGGUACUUUUCGAUGGACAGAAACCCCGCAAUGUGAAAAGGUGUUAUUGCAUCGACCCCACUAAUCGGCGACGAGGAUUUCACCUUUCUUAUAGCAGAAAUGGUGAACCAAGCCAGGCGCCUGUCCCAGCCUACAAUGGGAGUCCCCGGAUGAAAUCCGACCUUGCGUAUCAGAUUAGCAUGCAGAAAGACGUACUCGCAGACUUGCGUAGAAAUCUCAGUGAUCAAGAGCAGUCUCUUCGAUCCGCUCGCUCUAGUCUCGAAGGCUGCAAACAAGCACGCGUGAGACAUGACAGGAGAAGCAGCGAACUACGUAUCGCAGUGCAGAAAGCAGAAGACCUUAUUGAUGAGAUCACCGAGGCACUCGAUAAAGAAUCUGUGGAAGACGGACGCAUUGAUGUACUUCAGACUACCCUGGAAGAAGCAGAAGAAGAGAAACGCUUGAACGAAGGGUCCCUACAGGAUGGUAUUGAAGCUAUGGAUGCCAUGAUGGAGGGACUGAAAGCGAUCAAACACGAGCUUUCGGCCAAAGAAGCAGAGGUUUAUACAAUGAAUGAAGAGCUCAGGUUGGCUCAAAACGAAGCACAAAUGAGCAUGGAAAACCGCCGAAGAUCAAUCCGCGAGAAGAACGCAGUAAUUGAGCGAAUCAGUGACAGCAAAAAAGGUAGAACUCGAAUUCAGCAGAGGCUGGAAGAGAUAGCUGCACGUAUCCUCGACUUCAGCGAGAAAGCGAGCUUGGUUUCACCGCGGGUUGCAAUAGCUGAGGGUGAAACCGCCGCCAGCCUAGAUAAGAAGCUCGAUAGGCUUCAUACGGAUCUUAGGCGAUAUAACCAGGAAUUGGGGGCAACCCGCGAGGGACUCGCUGCUCAGGCCUCCAGGGCAAAGGAAGCCUACGAACAGGCGCUGAAACAAGUACUUAAAACAACUCUCGACCAUCGCAAGAAACGCUGGCGGAUUUUCAGGUCGCAUAUCUCCUCACGCGCCAAGGUCGAGCCUGACAUAACGAAAGACAGUGUGGGCCGUGGUGCAAAGACCCUUUCUGGCGGUGAGAAGUCUUUCUCCCAGGUAUGCCUGCUUCUGGCAUUGUGGGAGGCUAUGGGAUCCCCGAUUCGAUGCUUGGACGAGUUUGAUGUGUACAUGGAUCAUAUCAACAGAAAAAUGGCGAUUGACAUGCUAAUGCUCGCGGCAAGGCGGUCAAUCGGUCGGCAGUUUAUACUCAUUACGCCCGGAUCCAGGGCGGAGAUAAGCUUGGCGCCAGAUGUUCGCGUGAAGGAGGAUACCAGCUCGGAUGCGAAGUGGAAGGAACAAUUAAAUGUCCCCGCCAAGGAUGCGAGACCACAGACUGAGGAUGUUACUGCUACGAAAGGCCUUGAAUUCGAAGAUUUCUACAUCAAACGUGAACUCAUGAUGGGAAUCUUCGAAGCUGGAUUCGAGAAACCAUCACCUAUCCAAGAAGAAACGAUACCUGUCGCCCUCACCGGCCGAGAUAUCCUAGCGCGAGCCAAAAACGGCACGGGGAAAACAGCGGCUUUCGUCAUCCCAACCUUAGAACGCAUUAACCCCAAAAGCACCAAAACGCAGGCUCUCAUUCUGGUUCCCACAAGGGAAUUGGCUCUUCAGACUUCUCACGUCUGUAAAACUCUGGGGAAACAUCUUGGCAUCAACGUUAUGGUUACUACAGGCGGGACAGGAUUGAUGGAUGACAUCAUCCGCUUGAAUGACGCCGUCCAUAUUCUUGUCGGAACGCCUGGACGAGUGUUGGACUUGGCGAGCAAAGGUGUCGCUGAUCUUUCUGAAUGCCCGACAUUCGUCAUGGAUGAGGCCGACAAAUUGCUAUCGCCUGAAUUCACCCCAGUCAUUGAACAGCUGUUGUCAUUUCAUCCCAAGGAUCGUCAAGUGAUGCUCUUCAGUGCCACUUUCCCACUGAUUGUGAAAUCCUUCAAGAUCAAUCAAUCAAUCAUCUUCUGUAAUUCCACCAACCGGGUUGAGUUACUUGCAAAGAAGAUCACUGAGCUGGGGUAUUCCUGCUUCUAUUCACACGCAAGGAUGCUUCAACAACAUCGAAACCGAGUAUUCCACGACUUUCGCAACGGCGUUUGCCGUAAUCUCGUCUGCUCCGACCUCUUGACCCGCGGCAUUGACAUUCAAGCUGUCAAUGUCGUCAUCAACUUUGACUUUCCUAAGAAUGCUGAAACCUAUCUUCAUCGGAUUGGUCGGUCAGGUCGCUUCGGACAUCUCGGACUUGCUAUCAAUCUUAUCAACUGGGAUGACCGUUUCAACUUGUAUAAAAUUGAACAGGAACUGGGGACGGAAAUCCAGCCCAUUCCUCAGAACAUCGACAAAAAGCUCUAUGUUUACGAUUCACCUGACACAAUCCCACGCCCUAUCGCGAACCCAUCACAACCUAAUAUCAAUACCACAGUCACAAAUGCAACUGCCGCAGAUCGUCGUCCUACUCACCAUGCGAAUGGCGGGCAUUAUCAGUUCCAUCGGGGCCGAGGCUCAUACCGCGGAGGCCGGGGCCAGGGCCAACGUCGCAGCAUUCAUAACGAUGCGAAGCAAUUUAGCGCCUCUCAAGGUCAGACAGGUGGCAAGACUCACACUACACCAGUGUCGUAA